UACAGAUAACGCAAAACGUAACGUUGUAGUCAUGUGAAUGAAAUCCCUGCGUUUGGAAUGACAUUUGGGCGAAUUAAGUCAUCUGGAGUUCUGAUGGACUAACUCGUCAGAAGACGUCAAGGACACUCUCUCGAUACAAAUAACUUAAACGAGGGUUAAAAUAUCCACUUUGAGGUAUUUGUAAUCUGCAAGCAAUAUCACUGUGGAAAGACUAUUGCUGAUUGUUUUCUUUGAAAUUCUAGCCUUAAGAUAUUUGGUAAUCGACGUAAUGUUAAAUUAAACUGAUAAACAGUUUUAGCAAGCAUACAAAUAAUGGAAGCAAUAUGCGUUGUUUCUUUGCUCAUUCUCCUGACUGGACACUUCGUCUUAAUAAAUGCUCAAGGAAAGGGGCAACUUUCAACGGGACUCGUGUCUCCAACCCUGAAAUCUGCAUUUGGAAAAGGAAGUGUGGUCAAUGAGUCCAUUCCUCGACGACCAAGAAUUUUGCCGCCUAUGUGCACAGGUCCCACAGAAAUAAGAGAUACUUUUAAGUAUAUUAACACCGUGGUGUCGUGCAUUGUGUUUGUAGUUGGGAUAAUCGGAAACUCUACACUGCUCAGAAUCAUCUAUAAAAAUAAAUGCAUGCGGAAUGGUCCUAAUGUCCUUAUCGCAAGUUUGGCGCUUGGGGACCUUUUGCAUAUUGUCAUAGACAUUCCCAUUAACGUCUAUAAGCUUCUUGCAGAAGAUUGGCCAUUUGGUGUUGGACUUUGCAAAAUGGUUCCCUUUGUACAAAAGACAUCAGUUGGCAUCACAGUGCUGAGUUUGUGUGCACUGAGCAUAGAUAGGUUUCGAGCAGUGGCAUCGUGGAACCGCAUCAAAGGCAUCGGCAUUCCUAAAUGGACAGCCAUUGAAAUCAUUCUGAUAUGGGUGCUGUCCAUUAUACUUGCAGUGCCAGAGGCCAUUGCCUUUGACAUGAUCACAAUGGACUACAAAGGAGAGCAACUUAGAAUUUGCUUGCUCCACCCUAUGCAGAAAAACAAGUUCAUGCAGUUUUAUAAGUCAGCCAAAGAUUGGUGGCUUUUCAGUUUCUACUUCUGCAUGCCGCUGAUGUGUACUGCCAUCUUCUACACUCUCAUGACCUGUGAAAUGCUUCUUCAGAAGAAUGGGGUCCAAAUUGCACUCAGUGAUCAACUAAAACAGAGGCGUGAGGUGGCUAAAACCGUAUUCUGUCUGGUGCUAGUCUUUGCACUAUGCUGGCUUCCUCUGCAUCUCAGUCGUAUUCUUAAGCAUACCAUUUAUGAUGAAAGGGAUCCUAACCGUUGUGAGCUACUGAGUUUCUUCCUGGUUCUUGAUUAUAUCGGGAUCAACAUGGCAUCUGUGAACUCAUGCAUAAACCCAAUCGCUUUGUAUAUGGUUAGCAAGCGCUUCAAGAGUUGCUUCAGAUCAUGUCUGUGUUGCUGGUGCCUCCCUUCUGAAAUGUUAGCAAUGGAUGACAAGCAGUCCUGCAUGAAGCUGAAGGUGACAGAGCGAGGAUCUGAACAAAGCAAUAGCCGCGCCUCCAACAAAUACACUUCAAAUACAUUUGCCAUAAAACCUAAAUCUGUGUCAGCUGGAAGUAUAUUCAUUAUUAAGUAAAUAUGGAAAGAUAUAAAGACGUUUAUAUAUAAGUCCCAGCUUUAUAUUCACUCUUGACUGGCAUACAUGUAGUGUCAGGAGCUACUAUCUGCUCUCUGUAGUUUUAACAUUAUGAUAGUGUUUUAGAUGUUUUGGGAAGGGUAAAAAAGUCAAAUUCAACGUAUUGAUUUAACAUCAGAAAUAUUCAACACCAGAACCAGAAAGUGACUGCACAUUGUUCUCUGUAGUUCCAUGUAUAUUGAAAGCAGUGGUUUUCAAACACCCUUACUGGACUCAUACAUUUCAGUGUCUACUAAUGAAAUGAUGAGUUGAAUUAGGUGUGUUAAAUCAGAGAGACAUAAAAAAUGUGAAGUGCUGAGGGUGCUCCAGGACUGGUUUGAAAACCCCUGAUAUAAAGAAUUUUCAAAUGUAAUAAAGCAACUGAUUGUAAAAACAAUGCUAGGUUUGUUUUUUUGGUGUACAUAUAUGGAGUUGCCUGCAGCAUAGUCCAAGUCAACAACCUCAUUCAUUAGCUCUUUUAUGCCAGAAAAUACAUUAACCCUAAAAUUGUAUAUUCCUUAUGUGAUGCUACUAUUAGCUUUGUUUUUUGAUUGUGUUUAAUCAUAGUAUAUUUGCCAAUGUUUGUCAGUGUUGCAUGCAUGCUAACUUAUACUUUGAUUAUACUUAUGCUAGUGGAAGAACAAGAUUUACUUGAGAUAUACAGUAGUUGUAUGAUUAUUUUUCCACAUGGCUCAAGGCCUCAGACAUUUUAUUAAUCAUUUAA